AUGAGUUCCGAGGAUCCCGGAGAAAUUUCGCUUUCUGAAUUGCUGAAGAACCCCAAUCCACUCGCACGAAAUCCUCUCCAAAUUGGACAGAGUAUAUUUUAUGAUCCUAAUGAGGAGGAUUUUCAUAAAAUUCUACAAACCCUACAAUUUCAAUGUGAACAAGAAAAUGAGAAAUUGAAUAAAAAUGCGAAUACGAGAAUUCGUGUGCUAGGCGAACUUUCGGUGAGAAAACACGUUCAUGAGACGGUCAAACAAUAUAAAAAAGCAUUGCCGCAAUUGAUUCGGGAAGUAAAAGACACAAAAGAACAGAUCACGCGAGAAAGGGAAACUCUAAAUUUGAAUAAUGCUAUCCACCAAAUUUUAUCGGAAAGACUCGAACAACUUGUUGAUAAACGUGUUACACGGGAAUCUGAAAUUCGGUAUGGAACAUAUUUUCUGAGCAGUUUUACUUUUUCUAUACUAAGGUCAGUUAUUACAAGUAGCAGUGAUCUUCGAGAGAGACUUGAGAAUGUUCAAAAUUCCUUUAAUGAGUUAAUUAAAGAAUUGAACAAUUUCGUUGAACAGAACUUUGAGAAAAAAAAGAGUGCGUAA